CCUCUGCCGAUGCGGCCGGGCCGGAGCGCUCGGCUCAGCCGCCGGGCCGGGUGCGUGGGGACCGCCCGGGCGGCUCUCCGCAGCGAGCCCCGGCCGUGUCGGCUGCCCAGGCCUCGGGGGUCCUCAUGGCAUGAGCAGCGGCUGCGUUCCUCCCCUGCAGGGUUUUUUUGCUGGUUUGCCCGUUUCUCGGUCUCUGUAUGGGUUUGUUUCCUCUCCCUCCACUCGCGGUUCGGAAGAUGAAAUGCUUCUCCCGGUACCUGCCGUACCUCUUCCGGCCGCCCGGCGCCGUCCUCUCCUCCAGCUGCCACGCGGAAGCUGACAUCAUCUCCACAGUCGAAUUUAACCACACUGGAGAACUACUAGCAACAGGGGACAAGGGGGGCCGUGUUGUAAUAUUUCAACGUGAGCAGGAGAGUAAAAACCAGCCCCAUCGCAGGGGAGAGUACAAUGUCUACAGCACCUUCCAGAGCCAUGAGCCGGAGUUCGAUUACCUGAAGAGUCUGGAGAUAGAGGAGAAGAUCAACAAGAUCCGAUGGCUCCCGCAGCAGAAUGCAGCUUAUUUCCUGCUCUCCACCAAUGAUAAGACUGUGAAGCUAUGGAAAGUCAGCGAGCGGGACAAGAGACCAGAGGGAUACAACCUCAAGGAUGAGGAUGGCCGUCUCCGAGACCCCUCCAUGAUCACCAUGCUACGGGUACCGGUGCUCCGGCCCAUGGAUCUGAUGGUGGAGGCCACCCCCCGGCGGGUGUUUGCCAAUGCACACACCUACCACAUCAAUUCCAUCUCCGUCAACAGCGACUACGAGACCUACAUGUCAGCGGAUGACCUCAGGAUAAACCUGUGGAACUUUGAAAUCACAAAUCAAAGUUUUAACAUCGUGGACAUCAAACCAGCCAACAUGGAGGAGCUGACAGAGGUGAUCACAGCUGCCGAGUUCCACCCGCACCACUGCAACACCUUCGUCUACAGCAGCAGCAAAGGCACCAUCCGGCUGUGUGACAUGCGCACCUCCGCGCUCUGCGACCGCCACGCCAAGUUUUUUGAAGAGCCUGAGGACCCAAGUAACCGGUCAUUCUUUUCUGAGAUCAUCUCUUCAAUCUCCGAUGUCAAGUUCAGUCACAGCGGGAGGUACAUCAUGACCCGGGACUAUCUCACCGUCAAGGUGUGGGACCUCAAUAUGGAGAACCGGCCCAUUGAGACCUAUCAGGUUCAUGACUACCUGCGGAGCAAGCUGUGCUCGCUCUAUGAGAACGACUGCAUCUUUGACAAGUUUGAGUGCGUCUGGAACGGCUCCGACAGCGUCAUCAUGACCGGCUCCUACAACAACUUCUUCCGCAUGUUUGACCGCAACACCAAGCGGGACGUGACGCUGGAGGCCUCGCGGGAGAACAGCAAACCCCGCGCCAUCCUCAAGCCCCGCAAGGUCUGCGUUGGAGGCAAGCGGAGGAAGGACGAGAUCAGUGUGGACAGCCUGGACUUCAGCAAAAAGAUCCUGCACACAGCCUGGCACCCCACCGAGAACAUCAUCGCUGUGGCAGCCACCAAUAACCUGUACAUAUUCCAGGACAAGGUUAACUAGAAGGACAAGUUGCUCUCUAGGAGUCUCAUGUAUGAACACGAGUAAACACAAGAUUUCAAAUG